AUGGACCACUGUUACCUUCUACUAAUGAGCUUGCUUCUUCGUUACGUCGAGGCCCUGGAAGCCAGAGAAGCUCGGGCUCAAGCGAUACAGACUCGAGACUUGGAUCGUCGUCGCCGAGCGUAUUCCUCAUACCAACAACCAAUUAGCAACUUCUCCCAAACUAUUGACUCCCGAAACUCACAACGCCAUGAAUGGGAACUCGGCCGGCAACUACGGAGACAUAGUGAUAGUUCCUUCAAAAGUACCCACACUUAUACGCGAGAACAAUUCCAAGCCCAUGCAGUGCCGUCACAAGAACUAGAGCACUGCCAUUCCUCCCUGUCCUUAAAGAAGUCCCUGUUCUUACAUACGUCUUCUGAUG